AGAGAGAGAGAGAGAUUGUAUUUAUUGAUGUCUAACUGGGCUUAAGGUGCAGUGCUAAUUCGAGUACCAUAGCCACAAGCAAAGAGUAAAAAGAGUGUGUACUUGCGAACCUUAAACCUGUGGAGGUAAAAUAUCAAAAUCGGGAUUUUCUUUCCUUUGCCUGGGAAUUUGGAACUUCCUAGGAAUCCUACAGGUCUUUUACGACCUUUAGCCAUCUCUGAACUACUCUGGAAACCUGGACUCAUACAAAAAUCAUCCUUCGCAUUGGAACUUGGAAGCUAUCCCGGGAUUUGAGUCCUCUUGGCGACCUUGGUAACAGUUUAUUCCUACUCCUAGCCUCUCGUCUUGGAUCAUCAGAAACACUGGGUGAGAUCCAUUUUAAAUAUUUUCUGGAACACUGGGUUUACUUUACGAUCUUUGGGACCUCGGCAUCCUCAGCGACACACUGAGAUUCACUCUGGGACCUCAUCGGAAACUGGACCUGUUCUGCAUUCUGUUUCUGGAAUACUGGGCUCAAACCACAAACUGAUCCUGGACACUUGGGUACCAGUUCCUCUUCAGUAAGUGUCCCAUCAUUUCCUCAAACUUUCCCAAUGGCUCAGUCAGGCUCCUGCCCAAACCCAGACCUGUCUAAUGGCGCCAUUGUCCACAGCCCGAUAGGUAUUUGUUCAGAUCUGGAUACCCGGAGAGGAAGACAAGAUGAGGAGGGAGAAGAGGAAGACGAGGAGGUGGAACUAGCCGAGGAAGUAGGGGAGGAGGUUUUGAUGAUGGCCGAAGGCGAAGGAGAGAGCAGAGAGCAGAGUGAAAGGGAGGAAGUGAGGAUUAUCCAAGUGGCCAUGUUACCAAAUGAAGUAAUACGAAAGGGGGAUGGGGGAGGUGAAAGACUGGAGGAAGACAGGGAGGCAAGGGCUGAAGUGGGGGAUGAAGAGCACAAAAUGAUAAGUGAACGGACAAGAGAGAAAGAAGGGAUUGAAAAUCCACAUCUCUUUUCACUCUUAGUAGAGGUCGAGAAAGGUCAAGAGCAGAUAUCAGACGGCAAUGAAGGAAAGGAAGAAGAAGAGAAGGAUGACAAAAAUAAACAAGAAGCAGUGACGGAGGUAAGGGAGGAUGACGGAGACACUGGGUUAGAAGGACAGCAGGUGUGGUCCACUACUGAUGAUGCAGAGCAUGUUCAGGACUCAGAGUCAGGAGAGCAGCUGUUGACAGAUGACACAGACAAAACAGAAGUUGGUACUCGACCCACUAACGGUGAGCUAACAGAAACAACGAUAGAUGUGACCCCUGUUACCAUGGGGAUAAAAGAACAAGUCAACAACCAAGAUCCGUGCCAAACGUCAACUGUUAGCGACAGUAUCACACCCUUUGAUACAACUGGCACAAAGGAAGCGGUGGCCAAUCGGACCGACCGAUUAACCGGUGAGAAGAAAGACACUGAUGAGAAAGACGACUUCGAAUCUGAGAGCGUUAAUAAUAACAUGACACGGCAACAAAAGGACUGCAUAGAAGCAAAGGUUGAGGAUGAGGAGACCAAUGAGUUCACUUCUGAUGAUGUUCUAGACACAAAUCAGACGGUAGAGACGCCAGACUUUGUACCCUCUGAGAAGCAGUCACAGACAGAGGGAGGGGUUGAGGAAACAAGGAUGGAAGGGAUCAACAAGAGGGAGCAGGUCGGGGUUAAUACUCAAACAGUGAUGGAUGGGAAAGGACAGAGCACGGAAGGGGACGGGAGGACGGGCGAUAACGCCAUUAGAGAGUCAAUGGGGGAGGAAGAGCACCGAGGAAGAGUUGAUCUAACGCAAGAAGAGAAGAUUGAAAACCAGGCGAUGGUAGAUCUCCCAGAACCACUGCAGGACCAGGUGGAGGAUACACCUUUAGACCAGGUAGAGGAUGCACCUUUAGACCAGGUGGAGUAUGCACCUUUAGACCUGGUGGAGGAAGCACCUUUAGAGCAGGUGGGGGAUGCACCUUUAGACCAGGUAGAGGAUGCACCUUUAGACCAGGUAGAGGAUGCACCUUUAGACCAGGUAGAGGAUGCACCUUUAGACCAGGUAGAGGAAGCCCUUGAACUGGAGGAAGCGGGUGAAGUUGAACCUGAUAACUCUGGAGGGGGGGUCACAUCAGAUGAGAACGUGUCCACAACAGAAGAGCAGGGACAUCCUUCGCAGCUCCUCAGAGAAGGAGGGACAGAUUGGGGAGAAAGACUGAGAGAACAGCUGAGAGAGCAGGCCCUGGUAGAAGACGAGAAGGGAGGAGGAGGAGGAGCAGAAGAAGAAGAAGAAGAAGAAGAAGAAGAAGAAGAAGCAAUGGAGGGAGGGCUGGAGAUGAUGGAAGAGCCUGUGACUGUUUUAGAUGAUGAGAUUGAAGAGAUAGAGGACAGUCCGAGGAGUGGACAUGAAGAACAAAAGCUGGCCACCAUCACAGCCUCUUCGGAAGACACCACGGUCCAGGCGAAGGAUGGAGAGACAAAGGAUGGAGGGAAUCAAGAACUGCAAGGAGAGACGCUUGAACCUGGUAAGGUGAAGGACGGGAGACAGGAAGAUGGGAAAGGAGAGGUAGAGUUGGAUGAAAAAGGAGAGGUAGAGAAGGACGAGAAACAGAAGGAUGAGAAAGGAGAGGUAGAGUUGGAUGAGAAACAGAAAGAUGGAAAAGGAGAGGUAGAGAAUGGUCGAAAAGGAGAGGUAGAGAAGGAUGAAAAAGGAGAGGUAGAGAAGGAUAAGAAACAGAAGGAUGAAAAAGGAGAGGUAGAGAAGGAUGAAAGAGGAGAGGUAGAGAAGGAUGAAAGAAGAGAAGUAGAGAAGGAUGAAAGAGGAGAAGUAGAGAAGGAUAUAAAUGGAAGAGUUAAAGGACUGAAGCAGGCGAUGGAGAAUGGGAUCUUGUUCCCCGAGUCACAGCCUGUCAGGAAAGAGGAAUGGGGGACAGCGACCAGAGUUCUGUCUUCCAGGAGAAAAGACAAUGACUGGAUUAAACCUGUCCAGCCGGAGGAGGAGAGAGCAGCAGAGAUGAAACCCUGGAGGAACGAACUGAGGCCUGUGAAGAAAGAGGUGUGGUUGAAGAAGGAAACAUCAGCAGAGGAGAAGGAGGACUGGAUAAAGGAGCUGAAGUCAGUCAUCAAACAUGAAUCACUUCCUAAGAAGAGGGAUGAGCAGGUGAAGAAGAAGAGAGUGGUGCUGAUGGAGGAUGGACACUCGUACAUCCCCCAGCGGGAGGAGGUGAUGGAAGAGAAGAGAGAGGAGGUGAAGUUGAUCUCCCAUCGGAGGAUGGGGAACAGCACAACGCCCCAAGACCAGGACUACAAGAUCUCACUCUAUGCCAAGGCGGGAAGUGAUGGGGAGAGCAUCGGUAACUGUCCGUUCUCUCAGAGACUCUUUAUGAUCCUGUGGCUUAAAGGAGUCAUCUUCAACGUCACCACUGUCGACCUCAAACGGAAGCCGGCUGACCUGCAGGACCUCGCUCCAGGAACCAACCCUCCUUUCGUGACCUUCAAUGGCGAGGUCAAGGUCGACGUCAACAAGAUCGAGGAGUUCCUGGAGGAGAAACUGGUCCCGCCACGCUACCCCAGACUGGCUCCCAGACAUCCUGAAGCCAACACGGCGGGCAUCGAUGUGUUCGCCAAGUUCUCAGCUUACAUCAAAAACCCGAGGAAGGACACCAACGACGUCUUAGAGAAAGCCUUGCUCAAGUCUCUCCGGCGUCUCGAUGACUUCCUGAGGACCCCCCUGCCUGAGGAGAUCGAUGCCGACGCCUCAGAAGACCUGCCCGAGUCCUCCAGGAGCUUUCUAGACGGGUCGGAGCUCACCUUGGCUGACUGCAACCUGCUGCCUAAACUACACAUCCUUAAGGUCGUAGCCAAGAAAUACAGAGGCUUUGAGAUUCCCGCGGAGAUGACGGGGGUGUGGAGGUAUUUAAACUGCGCCUAUCAGAGGGAGGAGUUCACCAGCACAUGCCCCGCGGAGAGGGAGAUCCACUUCGCCUAUCUGGACGUGGUGAAACAAAUCAAAUAGGAGGAAGAGGAAGGGGGGUGAAUAAAGGAGAUAAUCUGUAGACGUGAACAUAUAGAAUAAGAACUCCAGGUUAUAGACUAGGCCUAUCCAUACUAAACCAUCUAUUAACUAAACAUCUAUUACCUGUUUAUGUGUGUGUCUACAGAAUGUGUGUGUGUGCUCUCACAGGUUGGGUUGCACCGUCAUCUACUCUAUCUUUAUGCUUAUCAUUUUAUAAAUAAUGACAACCCAGUAAUUAGUGGUCACUUUUCAGAUGAUGGCAGGUCCAAGUUCACUACAAAGAUGGCAUGCUAGCUCUAGUAUCAUACCAAAAAUGGCGAACGAUUCUUUAAAAUGCGUCUCUAUAGGUCCUGUUUCAGUCACCGGGAUACGUUAUGAUAUCUCAAAUGCAAAUCUACAUUAUUGUGGUCAUUGCAUUAGCCCACUGAACACCAUUUUUCUACAGCCUUAUCUCAGCAUUUCAUUCACUUUAGAAGUCCCCCAAUUGCAUGCUAUAUAGUAUAUAAUACUAACUAUAUUUUGAAUAAUUAGUGAACGGAUCAGACCCGUCGCUGGUCGUCUUUCACAGUCUGAAACAAGCAGACAGGUUGGAAACAAACCUACAGGUGUUAUUUGGAAGAGAAAAUGAAAGCAAGACCGGUCAAAAUAUUAACAUUCGUCACGGUUUACCGAUCCGAGCUUUAACUUUAACUUUAACUGUAAUAAAGUGGAAUGAUCCCUGAAGUUUGGCCAUUACAAAGUGAGAGAAACAGUGCAGGUGGAAGGUGUAAAAUUACAUCAUCUGGUUCCAUGUUCUGUCUUAAUGAUGAUGAUGAAUCAGCGGUCAGAUCAAGAUGAAGAGUUAAUAGUGGGGCAGCUAAACUGAAAUAUUCGUAACAACUGUGCAUUUUGCGAUAAAAGCAACAAAUUUGGCACAGAUGUAGGUUUAUAUGUUAUGAAAAGAUAUAGAUUUGGACCCUUGGCGCCUAUUUGGCAGCCAUAUAGGCUGCCAAAUAGGCGCUAAAUAUUCCAAAAUGAUCCAGAAAACUGAUUUUAUGACUCUUGAUGAUUUCCAAGAUGUUUUCAAGCUGAUCAGAUCAGACGUCAGAAGAUCACGGAAAUGUGUUUAUUACCUCUUUAUUUUGAAAGGGUGCUUUUUAAAAGCUUUUAACCUGAGAAAACAAACGAAUAAAAGGAGCUUGGUCACUUCAGUGUCAAACUUCACCCCCUUGCCUUCAUGAUAGAAAUACAGCUAAUACAGCAUUAGAACGGCAAGAUCUUCAGCUUUCCAUUGGUGUGUUUAUCUUUUCAUUAGCAGUAAAACUGACAGAGAUAUCCCUGGAUAAAUGUCUUGGUCGCCAGUAACCUCUAGUCACAGUUAAAGCGAUACUGAACUUCGGUAGAACUUUGGGUUGUAUUACUAACUCGCAACUAGCUUGAAAAAUGUGGGGCCAAAUUGGCGGCACCCCGAUAUCUAUAUCUUUUCAUAACAUAUAAACCUACAUCUGUGCCAAAUUUGUUGCUUUUAUUACAAAAUGCACAGUUGUUAUGCUUAACCGCCCCGCUAUAAAGGCCUAAGAGCCUUUUGUGCUUGUACAUUGUGCUGAAUGUGUUCUCUCUAUAUACUGAUGCAAUGAGACUAUUUACUCCUAUAGUGAUUCUCUUUGACUUGUAUAUCUAAUGCUACUGACUGGCUGAGUGUGGGCAGGCAUCGGCGCUGGCUGGUUUAACUGGUGACGAUGACUUUUUGAUUGACACAUUAUGUAGUUCAGACCACCUCGCUCCUGCUGUCAGCAUCAACAGUCCAACAGAGGCCAAACGUUGCAUUCACGUCAUACAAGAAUCACCUUUAUCAGUUAAAAACAGUGCCUCCUGCCAAUGUAAUUUAAACAAAAUUAUUUGAGUGUGACAUAACAAUGUUGUUAGGACACAUAUGCUCACUUUAUUUCAUUAAAAUCACUUGUUUGAUUGUUGGACAGAAGUGGUUUAGUACGUCUUGCAGCCAUUCAGUGUUUGGCAGAGAUGUGUAAUGUGUUCCGGCCUUAUAUCCUCUCUGGGGACAAUCUUUAUUAAACUGAUUUUAUCACUA